AUGCCUUGCAAACAGGAUGAUGUGGAUCUAUGCUUAAAACAUGUUUCCUGGUUCGCAGAAGGAACAAACAGCCUAAUCGUUCUCGACGACUGUGCGAGCAGUCAAUCUGUUAAGAACAGAACUAGCGAAUUGGUAAAACUCGGGUUCAGCGCCGGAUACAUGGGAAUCUCAACCAUCGUCAUCACCCAACAACUUUGCGAAAAUUCAACAUCCAUUGCGAAACCUUACAGAGAAAAUAUAUCUAAAGUCGUAACCUUUUACAAUCCAAGUACAAAAGACACAAACAUCAUAUUAGACGACUACUUAGCCAAUGUAGAAAAAGAAGAAAGAAAGAAGAUCAUGAAUACGCUAAAAAUAAUGACUAGGUUAGAAAUACUAUUACGCUGUCCUUAUACCCACAAGAUAAUUAUUCCGCAUAUGAAAUAAAGGAUUGGAUAACCUAUUCGAAUCUACGGAACCUGUGGAAAAAGUGACGCAUCGUCCGCGGCACCGCCAGGAGCAGGGGAAGAGCUACUAGUUUAGUUUAGUUUAAUGAAUUUGUCACAUUUACAUAGAAAAAUUUUACAAUUACAACUGACACUAGAACAAUAGAAACUAACAAAAUAAUUAGUACUUGUGACAGGAGUCUGAAACAGAACUUGCGUACGCAGGUAAAAUUAACUACAUCGCAAAAUAUAUCAAAAAAGCAUCCGAAAAAACACUAGAAAGUAUAUACAAAGACUACGAAAAGCUGCAACUGGAGAACACAAACAACCAACUAACCGACAUCCUCAUCGCCAAAUUUUCCGAACUUAUGGGGGCGUUGGAAGCUGUCAAAGAUACCGAAGUGUUUGAAAAAGAACUCGCGGAAAACAAGCUGCUCAGAAAAGACCUAAAAAAACUUGUUGGUUACGUAACACCAUAUAUCCCGUCCAUCGGAAUACCAACUGGUGGAAUUACCGUCUGA